AGGUUGACAGGUCAUGUGACUUAUCUAACGCUUGUGCGCCAAGGUCGCUCUGUUUACUCUGAAUAACACAGGUUGGUUGUGGCUCAAAAUCAAUGUUACCAAUCCUGCUAUAAUAGCUCUAAUUCUCCGAAUGAACCCCUCGAUUUACUACUAUCUGGGAAUUUCAUUUUCCGUCAAAGCCUUGAACUUUCUUCAAGAAACAAUUGUGGAAUACUCAACUGUCUUGAUUGUUUUCGCCCAUUUAUAUCAUUAUCAGAAAAGUUAUUACGAAAAAUCAACUAAUGACGGGUGAACGAAGAAAUAGUUAUGCUGAAUUUUGGGCUAAAAGGGCUAAUACUUAAAUUAGUUAGGAAUUAUACAUGGCUAAGGCUUGGUUGUAGACUAUGGUAUGCUCUGCAAAUCUAAGCAGGUAUAAAUGUUGAAAGCCCUUCCUUUUCGAUUUCAGCUUAAUACAACCAAAGCCGGUGAGAUUGAUCUCAAAAUUGAUAUCAUGAAGUUUUAGAGUAUUUGGUUCUUUUGCAGUGAUGGCGGAAGGUGGUAAGGUCAGCGUUGAUGAUGGGAAACCUACAGACGGUAAGAAAAAAACAGCUUAAUUACCACUAACUUUCUGUUAUGGAAAAUGUCACAUGGUUAUCAUUUCCAGGGUGAUUAGCAAAACACAUUAUUUUACAAUUUCGCUCAAGCAUGAUGAAAAAUAAAAGUAAAACCGCUUGUGAAAGGUCUUUUUUUUUAAGGGUAAUGGUUUCACCAUGAACGUGAUGUUGUGUUUUCCAGCUGCAGAGGAACGUCAAGUCAGAUCUGGUGACUUAAAAGUGAAUUUAGCUGAUGAUAUUCAGGCAGGUGAGUAAAGUAGUCUUACAUACAGGUCAUAGUCACAACAUGAAUUUGUGGUGUGAUUCAUUUCCAUGUUUCAGAUGCCAAUUCUUGAAUUGAAAGGAAACUCAGUUCCACGCCAAAACUCUUAUACUGAGAGAAAAAUUUGGGAGUAUGAAGUUAUCGACUUCUUGACCGAACACAACCUUUAGGAUAGCGUAUUUCUCAGACUGUAUGGAAUAUUAAAUGUGAUCUCGUAAGGAACAUAAAAAUAAAACAAAAAAAACUCAGAAAAAUUGUUGUCCUUUUCGUGCCUUCGGGUAUCUAACCUUAUGAAAAAGGACCACCAGUACGAUCUUUUCUUCGCUUUGUCCUCAGAACCUCUCUCCAGGUAAAUCGGUUCCUCUUCAUCUACUUUUCCGUUGUCCAUCUUAAGGUCUCUAUCGUUCUUCCUCUCACCCCCGCCUCGAUGGAGUCCAGCACCUGACGUUUUUGUUGAUUUUGUCGAUAAGAUCAACAUAUAUCUCUCCGUUAAACUCUUUAAUCAGUGUUUAAUUGUUUAAUCACAAGGCAUGCCGGUACCGUGGCGUGUCUCUUAUGUAUCAUAUUUUAUGUAUGGCAGGAAUCUUCUUUACACGGCGUACUUUUUUAAAACCUUAUUUCGCCGCUUCUACAUCUUAAUUUUAGUUUCGAUGGGUAACAUAUAUCAAGCACUGGAGAUGGAGUUUGACUAUUUUUCCAAAUACUUCGAUUCACGUUGUUUUGAAUGAACUUAUCAGUGUUUGUCUAUGUUUGCUAAAUCAUCCAACGUAUUUGAUUCUUUACUUUACUUAAGCUGGUAUGGUACAAUUUAGGUAUGAAACUGUUCAGUGGCUGACCUAUCACGCCACAAUGCUUGGAGGCCAACAGAGAGAUCAGAAAGAUCCUUGUCCCCUAUAUACUUGUCUGAUUAUUUUUCUGUCGUUAUAGACGUUCCGGCCGUUUUACCGUCAGAUGGUACAUCGCAAUUUGAUGAUGCAACCUUAAAAGGUAAUAAUAACAAUUAAAAUAAACACAACCUAUUCAAUAAGGUAUGGUCAUCGAGUCAAUUAGGGUUACGCAAUCCUUUUAAGAGAGGCACACAAAGGGACCUGUACCGCUUAGUGAUCAUGGAACAGGAAAAAUGCAGACAAAUUUUGCAAGUCAACAAAAUGACUUUAACGUUUGACAGUCGGUUCAAACUGCUGCUCUCCUGGAUAUUUUACACAUCUGUAUAUGUCUGGCUGCUAUUUUGUGCAUCCCUAUUGAGUUAUGUUCUAUGUCAUGGAUGUUUUCUACUUUUCUGUUAGCGAUGGCGGAGGUGUACUUGAAAGAAGGUGACAACGAGUACAGCAAAGGAGAAACCAAUAAUGCAGUACACUUUUACUCGGAGGGACUGCAAGUGAACUGCAAAGAUGUCAAACUAAACGCCAAACUCUAUAGCAACAGAGCAGCGGCUCAGCUCCUUCUGGGUAAGAAUUAAUCAAUCGUUCCAGUUUUGUAUUCAUUUUGAUAGGGAUUGAUUCCAAUCCUCUACAGUUCGAAUGGUGUGCGUGAAGGAAAACUUUCGCCGUGCUUGCAGCAACCUCAAAGUAAUAUGGGAAGGUAGCGCUGGCGUGACUGGGACAGGCUCAAUGCAUGGCCCCGUCACCAACAUCACUCGUUCUGGCCGAUUUUUUAUUCGUCCGCUGGCUAUUUGAAAGAUGGGAUAAAACCUGACACUAAAAAUUGUGAACCUCAAACUAGCCAAUCAGAUGUAUGAAAAUCAGACAGACCGAAAUUCAGAUGCUCUCGCAAGACUUUUUCGCUAAUUUGGCAACUUACCCAGCACUGAGAAGACAUCAGUAGCUGCAACGUUUAAAGUAGAUUCCAAUUCUGAAAGUUGAGAAUUUGUCCUUCCGUACUCACACCAAAUUAUUUUGUCAGGAAAUUGGGAAGAAGCUUUGGAUGAUGCUACAGUGUCUGCUCAAUUGGCACCAAAUUUCAUUGAAGCAAUAGAAAUCGGUAAGUUCUAUACAUUUCCUGAGACAUGCAGAAAAUGUCUCCGAGGAUGACCGAAAGGUUGGACUCAUCUGACCAGUAGAUCAUUCAGGAAAAAAGCUCGUGCUGGGUUCCGCAUUGUCUGAUCUCCUUAAAUCAUUUCACAACCUAAUUUAUUGUCUUAAUUUCGACUUUGCAUUUGACAGACCUUCUUGCAAAAGCAUAAUGAAAAUUCCAAAUUUCCCAUUUUGAAAAGUAAUCCACCUACUCUUAUAGGGUUUUGGAUUAAGUUGUAAGUUCUGAUAGUUAAUGAAAAAGCUGCUGCAUCAUCACGUAUAUUAUCUAAACUGCGAUGUUUUACAAUGAUUACCAAGCCUGAGAAAUGUCUUAACAGCACACGUGUAAAAUUACGAUGAGCCUUAUCGCCCACGCACUUUACAACUUUUUUUUUCGAGGAUCGAGGUUCCUUUUUUUCAUUUAUUGAUAAAGCCGACUUUUAUCGUCAUAAAUGAGUAUUAUUUUUACAUAACACACAACCCGAUAUCUCUCUCUUCCCCUGUUCUCACUCGUAAGCUAUCUCUACCUAUACCUCUCAAUUUCUUCACCAGUCUCCAUUUCACACUCGGUCUCGAGUCUGGUAAUUUACUUUGAUUGUGUAUAUUGCGAGACAUCACUAAAGUUAAGAUUUGUAAGAUUGAAAUAGAAGUACAAGUUGAGGUCCUUUAUUAUCCGCAGUGCGAAAAAUGAUCUUUCUUGAUAUCAAUUUUUUCAAUUUCCUUAAGGGGCCAGUGCAUGUGUACAACAACACUUGUAUCAAGAAGCCAUUACCUGGUGUCAGAAAGGAUUGGCAGUAUCCUUUGACGAAUGUAGAAAAAGCCAAUACUGCUUCGGAGAUUUCUUUCAUUUAAUUACUCAUGUAAAAAAGCGAAAAGUAGGUGGUUCCCAUAUCUUGUUGACUCUGAUAAAUAUACGAAUUCAAGAAACCGGGCGACUUGCCAUUUAUAUUAGACGGCCAACAACACCAGAAAUCAUCUUAAACAGUACUGGGUUCAAACGUUCACCUGAGUGAUGCCCUUAACUAUAUCAGCUCUUACCAUAAUGCUCAGUAGAUGCCAAACAACUCCAAAUUCCUAUCAAACCUCAUGCCUAAAAACAAAGUUCUGCAAUUCCUUUUCUCUCAUGUCCUAUCACUGGAGUUAAAACCGUCUACUUGCGCCAUUGGCAGUGUCAUUGCCAGCUCCAGUCACCGCAAGUGUGCGGAGUCAGGUGCACAUUUACAUGUAAGCUUAUACAUUCGUUAACACAACUGAUCUAGACCAUGAGAAUUAGGUGCACAAUUUUUGUCUGACCUUCUAUUCCACUUUGGGCAAAAAUACACCCGUGCUUCUGAAUUUUCGGCUUAUAAACCCUAGUUUGUUGCUUUAAUAUGUUGGCUAAGUAGAAUAAAGGAACGUUCAUAUACAGGGAGAGUUAUUUUUAAAAUCACCCAUUCAGGUAAAUGAUUUGUCUAAUAGGGCUUACAUUGAAUACAUUUAAAUGUAUUCAAUGUUAGCUAACUCCACACACUUGCAGUGCACCGGCAAUGGAAACACAAAUGACGUUCACGAUAAUGCUGGCUGUGCUUCUUGCGCUGGCAGUACUUCUGCUUCUACCACCCUCACCAUUACCGGUAAUAGAAGAAGUAGAGGUGGUAAUAACUGUAUUUGUAUUACUUUCAGCUAUUGUGGCCAAUUUUCAUGACACCGGAUUGAAUGCUGGCAUGAACUGGGUUGAGUUUGAAAUUGUAUUGUAAACAGAACUGACCUAAAACUCUUUAGAAGGCAAAUUCUUUAACUCGAGCCUUUUAAGAUUAACAAUAACAAUAAGAAGUUACUUGAUUUGUGGACCGAGUGUGAUAAUCAACCAUCGGAUGGCACAGAUGAAACGAGAAUUAAUCAGGAAAUUAACACUAACCGUGACGAUACCAAAGAGAAAAUCGAGGUAAGAGAAAGUUUACGACUUUAAAAUUAAUCGAAAACCAAGAGGUAACGCGGAAAGGGACGCUUCCAUGGAGGACAGACCAGCUCAAUUUUUCCGUAUAUAUAUAGUAGUAUAUAUAUAUAUAUAUAUAUAUAUAUAUAUAUAGAGUAGUUAAGUGUACUAUAAGGGCGUAACGAAGAGGCCAACUCUUGACUGUUCUGGACGAGUUUAAUGCACGACGUUUCGGCCGUUCGGCCUUCUUCAGGUUAAAAAUUAAAAACUAAAAAGCUAUUUACAAUGAUUGCGACUUAUAUACAAAACAGAAAUUUUAAGACGGAAGUUAUGUAAUGCAACAAAGGUCUAACUUACAAACUGAGAAGGGUUAAACAAGGAAAGGCAAAUAAAGAACUAUGGGUGGCAUGUGAAUACAAAUAAGGUGAAUACAAAUAAGUGACAAAAAUUAGAGAGAAAAAAGAAUCUAACUUAAUUGGUAGUGUUUACUCCGGAGUAGCAAGCUCCCCACUGAAGGCCUCUGAAUGAAUUCAAUCAGGCAGAAACCACAACAGGAUCCCAGGAAAGGGCCAUUAAACCGCAGCAACAAUCUCCCCUCCAAGGUUAAUUUCUAACCUGAAGAAGGCCGAACGGCCGAAACGUCGUGCAUUAAACUCGUCCAGAACAGUCAAGAGUUGGCCUCUUCGUUACGCCCUUAUAGUACACCUAACUACAAAUUCACGUCGAGACAUUGUAUCCUGCGGAUCCUCUUACCGGGAGUUCAGCGUUAGGUAUACCAGAUCUACACUGCUUAUAUAUAUAUAUACAUAAAUGUAUAUGUAUGUAUAUAUACAUACAUACAUACAUACAUAUAUAUGCAUCUAUAUAUAUACAUAUAUAUAUAUCAAAAUAUAUAUAUAUAUAUAUAUAUAUAUACAAAUUGAAGAAGGCAGUUGUUAUGUUUGUGAUACCUUGAGUAUGUUUAAAAUCUAAGACGGUUAAGCAGUUGUGUCUCACUAGGCUCUGUUCGAAUGAUUUUGCACUCUGAUAUUGUUUAUUAACUAUUUAUCAGUAUUGAAUUUAUUUUGUCAAUUUUCUUAGACUCUGACAGUAAGUUUUUUCCUCACUUCAAAGAUAUUAUCAUUUAAAGCCUCGAACAACGACCACUGGGUCAAAACAACUUUCGUUUCAUUACAGAAGAGGCGUAAGAAGAAAUGUCGUCAGUCCAUAUCCAGCUGGCUUUGUUGCAUAAAUUGAGUAGCACCAUAAGCAAGUCUGGCCCAUAUAUUAGCCAUCGCGAAACGUAAUUAAGGAUAGGUAAGCCAAGGGGAUAAAAGGUAGUCAAACAAUUUAACAAUAUUUCUAACUUUAAACCUUAGGAUAUACAAAUCAACGAUCAGCUAUCUCAAGCGGCUGUCCAAAAGAUCCUCCAAUAUGCAAACAAUUUGCAUUUUUCUAUUGAAGUAGGGGACAAAGCUGGAGAAGGGAGGAGUUCCUGCAAUCUUGGCAACGCUUAUCAUAGGCUUGGAGAUUUCAAAAGAGCCAUCCAGUAUCAUGAACGUCAUCUAAAAAUUGCCAAAGAAGUGGGAGACAAGGCUGGAGAGGGAAUCAGUUACUGCAAUCUCGGCAAUGCUUAUCAUAGCCUAGGAGAUUUCGAAAGAGCCAUCCAGUAUCAUGAACGUGAUCUAAAAAUUGCCAAAGAAGUGGGAGACAAGGCUGGAGAGGGAAUCAGUUACUGCAAUCUCGGCAAUGCUUAUCAAAGCCUAGGAGAUUUCGAAAGAGCCAACCAGUAUCAUGAACGUCAUCUAAAAAUUGCCAAAGAAGUGGGAGACAAGGCUGGAGAGGGAAAGAGUUACUGCAAUCUCGGCAAUGCUUAUCGUAGCCUAGGAGAUUUCGAAAGAGCCAUCCAGUAUCAUAAACGUGAUCUAAAAAUUGCCAAAGAAGUGGGAGACAAGGCUGGAGAGGGAAAGAGUUACUGCAAUCUCGGCAAUGCUUAUCAUAGCCUAGGAGAUUUCGAAAGAGCCAUCCAGUAUCAUGAACGUCAUCUAAAAAUUGCCAAAGAAGUGGGAGACAAGGCUGGAGAGGGAAAGAGUUACUGCAAUCUCGGCAUUGCUUAUCGUAGCCUAGGAGAUUUCGAAAGAGCCAUCCAGUAUCAUGAACGUGAUCUAAAAAUUGCCAAAGAAGUGGGAGACAAGGCUGGAGAGGGAAUCAGUUACUGCAAUCUCGGCAAUGCUUAUGAUAGCCUAGGAGAUUUCGAAAGAGCCAUCCAGUAUCAUGAACGUCAUCUAAAAAUUGCCAGAGAAGUGGGAGACAAGGCUGGAGAGGGAAAGAGUUACUGCAAUCUCGGCAAUGCUUAUCGUAGCCUAGGAGAUUUCGAAAGAGCCAUCCAGUAUCAUGAACGUCAUCUAAAAAUUGCCAAAGAAGUGGGAGACAAGGCUGGAGAGGGAAAGAGUUACUGCAAUCUCGGCAAUGCUUAUCAUAGCCUAGGAGAUUUCGAAAGAGCCAUCCAGUAUCAUGAACGUCAUCUAAAAAUUGCCAAAGAAGUGGGAGACAAGGCUGGAGAGGGAAAGAGUUACUGCAAUCUCGGCAAUGCUUAUCGUAGGCUAGGAGAUUUCGAAAGAGCCAUCCAGUAUCAUGAACGUGAUCUAAAAAUUGCCAAAGAAGUGGGAGACAAGGCUGGAGAGGGAAUCAGUUACUGCAAUCUCGGCAAUGCUUAUCAAAGCCUAGGAGAUUUCGAAAGAGCCAUCCAGUAUCAUGAACGUCAUCUAAAAAUUGCCAAAGAAGUGGGAGACAAGGCUGGAGAGGGAAAGAGUUACUGCAAUCUCGGCAAUGCUUAUCGUAGCCUAGGAGAUUUCGAAAGAGCCAUCCAGUAUCAUGAACGUCAUCUAAAAAUUGCCAAAGAAGUGGGAGACAAGGCUGGAGAGGGAAAGAGUUACUGCAAUCUCGGCAAUGCUUAUCGUAGCCUUGGAGAUUUCGAAAGAGCCAUCCAGUAUCAUGAACGUCAUCUAAAAAUUGCCAAAGAAGUGGGAGACAAGGCUGGAGAGGGAAAGAGUUACUGCAAUCUCGGCAAUGCUUAUCAUAGCCUAGGAGAUUUCGAAAGAGCCAUCCAGUAUCAUGAACGUGAUCUAAAAAUUGCCAAAGAAGUGGGAGACAAGGCUGGAGAGGGAAUCAGUUACUGCAAUCUCGGCAAUGCUUAUCGUAGCCUUGGAGAUUUCGAAAGAGCCAUCCAGUAUCAUGAACGUCAUCUAAAAAUUGCCAAAGAAGUGGGAGACAAGGCUGGAGAGGGAAAGAGUUACUGCAAUCUCGGCAAUGCUUAUCAUAGCCUAGGAGAUUUCGAAAGAGCCAUCCAGUAUCAUGAACGUCAUCUAAAAAUUGCCAAAGAAGUGGGAGACAAGGCUGGAGAGGGAAAGAGUUACUGCAAUCUCGGCAAUGCUUAUUGGAGGUUAGGAGAUCUGGAAAGAGCUCUCAACCUGUAUCGUUCUUGCGUCACAGUUUUUGACGUUAUCCGAGCCAAUUUGCGGUUCAGAGAUGAUUGGAAGAUUAGCUACCGCGACAUGCAAAGAAACGCAUACACUUGUUUGUGGUGUCUUCAUUUAAAACUAGAUCAAAUUUUGGAUGCGCUUUUAUCUGCUGAACAAGGACGUGCGCAGGCUCUUAAUGAUCUGAUUUGUGUUAGGUAUGGGUCGGGAGGAAUACAGCCUGGGCCUCACACUCCAGGGAAUUCUGAUCUUGAGGUCCUUGUAAGCUGUGCUGUUUCAAAUACAGUUUUCAUGGCUGUAGAUGUUACAUCGCGCAAGAUAUUCUACUGGUUUAUUAACAGCUUUCAAGAUAUUCAAUUGAGAAGUACUGAGAUAAGUAAUUAUGGCUCGUUCGAAGAUGUCAAUACCUUUAUUGGAAGCUUAAUGAACACAGCAUCAAGAGCGUUUAAAAGAGGUGUUAUUGAAUGUGAAGAUCGCUCUCUUGAUGAGCCCUGCGCUGAAGAAUUAGCGAAGAAAAGGUCAGGUCAUGGUUAUUUCUCUCCUGAAUGCUCACCGAAAGCUGCCUUGAAGAUGUUGUAUGACGUUAUCAUUGAGCCGAUUGGUGAUCUGAUCAAUGGCGAUGAAAUUAUCUUUGUUCCCGAGAGUUCACUGUGGUCAGUCCCUUUUGCUGCAUUGAUCGAUUCCGAGUCAAAUUAUUUGUGUGACUCUUUCCGAGUUCGAACGACUCCAUCCCUAACUACUUUGAAGUUGAUAAACAAUUACCCAGACGACUUCCACAAUAAGAAAAGUGCUUUACUCGUGGGUGAUCCAUGUUUGGAGGGGGUUCUUUACGAGGGGAGGAAGCUCGAUCCACUGCCAUGUGCGAGAGAAGAAGUUGAGAUAAUCGGGAGAAUCCUUGGCGCUGAUCCUCUUAGUGGUGAAGAAGCAAGAAAAGAUGAAGUGUUGAGGCGACUUCCCUCUGUUGCCUUGGUGCACUUUGCUGCACAUGGCCGAAUGGAAACAGGCGAAAUUGCUUUAGCGCCACGAAGUACUUGCUCAUCACUGCCCUUUGUUGAGGAGGAUUUUAUUCUAACAAUGAAAGAUGUGCUGGAUAUUCGGAUACGAGCAAGGCUGGUUGUGUUGAGUUGUUGUCACAGUGGUCGUGGAGAGAUUAAGGCUGAGGGAGUUGUUGGAAUUGCAAGAGCGUUUUUAGGUGCCGGCGCUCGCUCUGUUCUCGUGUCGCUGUGGGCGAUUGAUGACAAGGCUACUCUCGUGUUUAUGAAACAUUUCUACGAAGAACUGGUUACUGGCAAGCUUGCAAGUGAAGCUCUUAACCAAGCUAUGAAGAGCAUGAAAGUGUCUGAAGAGUUCAGAGAUGUGAAGUACUGGGCACCCUUUGUACUCAUUGGGGAUGACGUCACACUGGAAUGAAUUUGAAGAUGGGAGUUUGGGAUAUUGUCAGAUAGAGGUAGGCAAAUAUUAAUUGAUGAUAUAUUUUGAAUUACGCCCUCAUCAUAUUUGCACGAAGAGAAUCAAUCACACUAUUAUAAGUUUCUGCCAUUCAAAUUUUAGUGCUCUGAAAAUGAUCAAAUUCGCGAGCGGCUAACUGCAACGGCUCUUAUGUCUUCAAAGAUGAUUUGCUUUUAGGUACGCAAUCGCAACGUAUGAUGUGCAAUGAGGAGCAAAUUGAUAUCCUGGUUUAAAGGAAGACUUUAACCAAAACUUUUCCAAGGAUGUGUAAUGAUAAACAUAAUGACGUAAUAUCAGUCUCGGUUUGUGUACAAUGUAUAUCAAAAUGAGCGAAAGGAAUAUUCGCUCGUCGGUGCUGUUGCCACGUAUAUCUUGCAUUUAAAAUGUUAAUUAUUAAGUUAAUCACUCCUUCGAUUUCUGAUACUUCUACAAAUAUCGGUGUGUUAAACAGGUUUCUUACUUUAGGAACGUAUUCGAACCUAUGUUAAAAUGAAUACCUUUCUGACCCCUUUUAUCCUGUUUGUAGAAAAGACGAGAUCCUUGCUGAUGGUUUUUGGCAACGAUUUGAACCAACUUCUCUGGCGACAGGAGCUUCCUCAGUAUUUUCAGCGAUAUGGCUUGGUUUUAAAGGCAUAAUAUCUCAGUUUUUAAACGUCCUGAUCAUCUCGGCGUGUAGCGAUUUUGUCUGUCAGUAAAAAAAAACUAGUUGUUGAAUUAGGUCUUAAAGGCGAAACCUCAGUUUUAAACUUUUGUAUCAAAAACUCAAUUUUAAUUUCUUAAUACAUAGUAUGAAAGACACAACUGUGUGUUGCAGAAUAGUCGGUGAACUAAGGUAAAUUUUACUUUCAAUUGAAUUUUAAAAAACUUAUUCCCGUUUUACUGAUCACGAUUGAAAUAGUUAAAGUAUUUAAGAGACUCAAGAAGUAAUGGGCUCUUCCUCAGUCAAAAAAUUUCGGCGAAUUUUUCUUUUGUUUCUGGAAUGAGUAGAAAGUUAAACUUGGAAGAUUUAUUCACAAAGAAUUUAUUUCAAAGGACCAUCUACUUUAUUUGUCGAUUGGGAAGCAGUUUAUUUCGCUAGUAGGUCGUGUUGGUGAUGUUUUUCUAUUUGAAUCUUACGAAUGUUUCAUUUGCAUCGUAAAAUGUAAUUCAUUUUUAAGUUGAGAUUUCCGUUCUUGGUCAAUUGCAGCAUCGAGGUAGUUUCUAUGCAAAUUGAACAUUAAAGUUUGCCGUAUGUUUUUAUAUAACUGUGAGUCUAUGACAAUCAUAUUUGUCUAUAUACUUCAUAUUAACUUCAUUACUGCGAAGAUCGCUUUCAUAUUUACUAUCUUUAAUAUAGUUUUUAGUUUUCGGUUUUUAGAAAAGAGUUUUGAUAUCAUGUCAAGAUCCUUGUGUCUUUUAAAUUUGCUUGAGUUGAAUUUUUCUUUCAUGAAGCCCUCUCUGUAGAGACAGUUUUUGUAGCGAGUUAGAUAUAGUGAUUGACUCGGAAAGUUAUUGUAAUCUCUUUGACUUACUUUGUUAUCGUGUGAAAAUAAAAACUGAG